AUGUCUUCGACAUCCAGGAUACCUAUGAGCGAGCUCAACGCCGCCGCUCUUGAGCACUUUGUAUAUAAGCCAGUCAGCCCGGCAAUGAUCGCAUAUCUGGCCCGUGCAGCGCGCGAUGUCAUCCAGUGCGAUCCCACUAUGAUGCCCCCACCCGUUCAGAACAAGUCGCAAUCUCUUACACCACCGCGAACGCCAUCACCGAAAGCUGUUCGCUGCGACGACAGUAGCUUACCGACGUUAGAAGAGUUUAUCACACAACUAGUUCGCUCUUCCAACGUGCAGGUGCCGACUCUGAUGUCUACGCUGGUCUACUUAACACGAUUAAAGUCUCGACUGCAGCCCAUGGCCAAGGGUCUACGAUGCACGACCCACCGGAUUUUCUUAGCUGCGCUCAUUCUCUCAGCGAAGUACCUUAACGACAGCUCACCCAAGAACAAGCACUGGGCUGGCUACAGCCACAUUAACACUGAUAGCUACAGCUUCGGUUUCAGCCGGACGGAAGUUAAUUUGAUGGAGAAGCAGUUACUAUUCUUACUAGAAUGGGAGCUGCGCAUUACCGAAGAGGACCUCUAUCGCGAGCUAGAUCUCUUCUUGGCGCCCAUCCGCGACAACAUCGAGGCCUCGCACGCCCGUCGCAUGCAGCGCAAGGAAAAGCUACGGAAGCAACAAGAGGCCGAAGAAUGGGCAGCUACUCAGCUCCCGUCACCGCCGAGCUCGCGCGACAGCUCACGAUCAAGGCAAGCUGCGCUACCUUACGAGACUGCCCGUACGAUGCAGGAUGUGUCUACGCCACCAGGAUUGGUUUACAGCUCGUCAGCUAGCAGCAGUGGCAGCUCUUACGCUUCUUCUGUCUCUUCCUUGCAUCAAUCGCGGUCCUCAACACCUCUCUCGGAGCCGGGAGAGGGUUAUGUCUCCUACGUUGACGGCUCGCUCUACGAUUCUCCCGUCGAAGUGGUCCUCGACAUGCCGCAGCCAGCUGCUCGCCUUAGGGGAUACCGCAGCAAGGAUGCCAAGCAACUACUUCCAUACGAGAUUAGCGCGGAUGAUUUACGAACUCUUCAGGACGGCAGUGCUAAGACGAAGCGCGCGAGAACCGGAAGGGGCAUGUGGGGCCGCAUGUUCGGAGGUGCCAACACUUCACGAUAA